AUGGAAAUAUUUGCAAAAGAAGGUGCUGGUGAUGAUGAAGCUUGUAAAGUUGACAAUGCACCUAUUGAUGUUUCACUUAGUGUUUUUAUAGCUCUUGGCAUGUUAAUAAGUUAUUUGCCUCAAGUUCACAGAAUUAUUUCUCAUAAAACAAGUGAAGGAUUAAGUCCCUGGUUUCUUUUACUAGGAACUACAUCUGCAACAUGUAGUUUAUUCAAUAUUUUAUUAUUACAAUACAAGAUGAUCGAUUGCUGUUAUGACCCGAAAGUGUCGGGAUAUGAUUGCUUUGCAAAUACACUUGGAAUAACUCAAUUAGUUAUACAAUGGACAAUGUUUACUACAAUUUUUCUUUUAUACAUGUUAUAUUUUCCUCCUCAGCGAAAACUUACACCUUACAUUCGCCACAUACAUUUCAAUUCACCACCAACAACUUAUUCAUAUGAAUGGCGUGCAUCCCUCGGUGUCUCAUCAAUCAUUGCUGUACAUCUCAUCAUAACUUCUGUUAUUUCUUUGUUGCUUCUUAACAGUGGAAAACCAGAGGAUAAUCAGCUUACUAAAUUAUGGGCUGAUGGUUUAGGUAUUGUUUCUAUGUUUCUGGCUUCAGUUCAAUACAUUCCACAAAUUUAUAGAACUUGGAAAAGAAAGUCCGUUGGCGCUCUUAGUAUACCUAUGAUGCUUAUUCAAACUCCGGGAUCUCUUCAAGGCAUACUUUUGGUUAUGUGUAUUUGUUGGUAUUAUCGUGCCAAAAGACUUGGCUAUGGUCCCUUCUAUGUUGGUGAAACAGAUCCACUCAUUAGCAAUAAUAAUAACGACAGAUCUUCCGACAACAAUAGUGAGACUGCUGGCAUUGAAUAUGCCUCAAGAAUUGGAUCCAGAUUGUACACAAGUGGAAAUCGAACAACAUUGAGAUCAAAGCUCAAUUCUCAUAUGAAAAUUGCAGAUGAAAAUCUUUAUGAUGCUCUUAGGAGUGAAAUAGAUGAUUUAGUAGAUGUUUCUAAACCUACCUGGAGGGAUCUUAUUGCAAGUACAGUUCUCAGUGAUGACUCAGUGGUGCAUCAAAGCUUGGCAAGUAUUGCACAUAGAAACAAUGUUAUGGCAUUAGAAAAAUGCAAUGGAAAAUUGGUGGAAUUUUUAUUCACAGAAAGUUUGCAUAUUGUCUGCAGUGACACAAAAUUAUGGAGAGAAUUGUUGGAUGGGUGGAAUACUGAGAUAAUUCCAUCUGGAUCAAGCAGAAAUUCCAUUGGCCUCAGACAUGUUGUAGUGUGUGAAGCCUCUGAUACAAUUAUUAUUGACCUUAAGAAAUAUUGUAAUUAUGAACAAGUGUUUGCUUGUCCAGGCAUUGGCAAAAGUUUGGCGAUUGGUAUUAAUGUAGUUCAACUUUUAUCAAUGUUGAUAAUUCCAUUUUCUAAAAAAUUAGUAUGGAAAAUCAAUUCUAGAAGUGCACACAGUAUGUGGUGGGUUAUGCAAUGGAUAUUCGAGCGUCAACACAAAGGAAAGAUUACAUUUUCUGGUGAUAAAAUACCAUCAGAUGAGAGUGCAGUGGUAAUAAGUAAUCAUCGAUCAUUUACAGAUUUUUAUAUGUUACAUUCAGUAGCUAUACGUAAAAAUAUGUUACCUCAUGUCAAAUAUUUUGCUAAAGAUUCCUUAAAAUAUAUUCCAUUCUUUGGAUAUGGUAUGUGGCUUAUGGGAAUGAUUUUCAUAAAAAGAAAUUGGACUCAAGAUCAAAGCCAAUUAAGAAAAAUAUUUAAAAGAAUUAAAGAAUACGCAGCACCAAUUUGGAUUGUUAACUUUGUUGAAGGAACAAGAAUGACGCAAAAGAAAUUAUUAGAUGGACAAGCAUUUGCUAGAGAAAAAGGUAUACCUAUCCUACAACACCUUUUAGUACCUCGUACAAAAGGAUUUGUUGCAUGUAUUCGUCAGUUAAGAAAUACUCAUGUAAAAUAUGUUUAUGGAUUAUCAUUUCCACCAAAUCUUAUUCAAGUUCAUGCAUACUCAAAAAUCUCGCCACCAUGGUCAUUUCACAUACAUAUGAAAAGAUAUGCAAUUGAGGAUUUGCCAAAUGAUGAUGAACAAUUAAAAGAAUGGGUUAGUAAAAUAUUUGUUGAAAAAGAUAGUUUGUUGGAGGAUAUGAAAAUGAAUUGGACAAAUAGUGAAAAAUUAGGUGCUAUUGUAGAAGAAAAAUUUUUUAAUUGA